AUGUAUAAUUACGAAGACCAGUUACUUAAGAACACCAAAUAUUUGUUUACGUUGCAGGGAUUGACGCUCGUCGUUUCCGGUUUGGCUUAUUUUCUGACGAUUUCAGUGGCGGUUUCACCAUUCGUUUCCUCUUUUCCCGUUUGGGUUCGUUGGACUUUGGCCGUUUGCUCUUUGGUUUCGAUCUGCGUCACCAUCCACAACGACUACGGUAUCAUCAGCGAUUGUGCCUCCGUCUCUUUACUUUCUUGGCUGGUGCUGUGUGAUGGCCCGGGGGAAACUUACGCCGGAUCCCGGUUUACCGACGAACAGUUUAAAGAAUGGUCGGAGAAGUCGUACUUGCAGCAAUUAUUGGAGCUUCCGAACAUGACAACAGCCUACGACAGUAAAUAUUUACGGUUGAUGAGAGAACACUACUCGUUGGAAGUGUGGAUCUUCUUGGGGUCGAGAAUAUUUUUGGUGGUGACUUUUCUACGGAAAUAUUUAUCUCAGGAAGAAGACGACAACGUUUCUGCCGUCGUGCUCAAAGUGGCCGCAGUCUAUCUCUACACACAAGCGGUGGUUAAAAGACUCUGGGGACAUCCCUCCUAUCUGGCAAUGGGACGUUUGCUUCAAGCUGUCGGUCUCGACAUUCUCUACGUCGUCUCGCUUCUGUCUCGAGAAGACGUCUGGGAGUGACUGCCGUUCCCAUGCCACACGCUCGCUCGACAAGACCGGCUUACGUAAGAAACGACGUUCAGAGAUUUUUCCCUAUUAAAAAUUUUUUCUUUACGAAAGUAACGGCUUCCAACCGUCUGGCUUACUUUAUCUCCUCACCACGCCGAAUAAUGCCUUUAAAGUUCGAUCCCGGACGACAGAUUAACGGCGCAAAAAGGCUCUUCCGACCGCGUUAAGCGGGCAACAAUUUUAACCGUAUGCAAGAACGUGACAUUUUUCAUCCAACUAACCCAUCCUGACGCAGCACAUAACCCCUAAUGUUACGGCACACGUCGGUCAUAGGUUUCUCUCGACUCCCGACUAAGUAAGUAGAGGAUAUGAAUGUCCAUGCUUUGCUUUACAAAGGCUGCACACUCACGUACAAUGCGACACCUGACGCAGCAGUUUCUCGUCGGCUCGAGCCAUUUACUUUUACAUCUUUGCUUCGUGACAUUCACCUUGAUGGGAUUCGACUACAGUAUCAUCCGCUUUAUUCUUAUAUGGAUGGUGGAAAUUCUUUAUGCCGGAUACAUUUUUACGAAAAAUGUGCGCCGCUGUCUUAAGAUAUUUUUGUCGAUCGUUCGUAAGAAGGAAAUAAAUAAAUAAAAAGAUUGGCGUCCGAGCCACAAACUUGUCGACAAAAUGCUGUUGAGUGGCGUCGAAUUACUAAUUCCGAAAAACUCUUGUAAAAAGCGAAAAAUAGCGGAUAAAUUUCCUGCUUUAUAGGCUAAGAAAACCAAAGGUGGGAUUUUCCAUCCUUAAACAUAAUCGAAUCCCGAACCGUGUAUAGAAACCAUCGGUCGAGUGAGAUGAUCUAUGAGUUCCAUCGUCUUCUAUUCCACACACAUGCUAUUGACUAGUCUUUGCACGAUCUCAUUCUUCAUUCCACACAUGAAUCCUAACACUACCUGGUAUAUAUCCCGUUUUCCGUCAACCAAUCGGAAUCUCUUUCUGCUUACGGCCUGAAAAUAACCCGACAUUUGUACUUACUUCCCCCAUUUUAACACGCACCGCUUGCAAUUUAAAUGUAGUUAAUGGGUAGCAUUUAUAACUUCAGUAUCUUAACGAGCCUUACAUCUGUGAAAUGAAACGUUCCCGACGUAUUACGUGUAACGUUUGUAUUCCGUAACACACUAGUUUUUUUUUUCAAACUCGAACAUCCGAGAGAAUUAUUUUCAAUCCUACAAUGAAGUCAUUUAUAUCAACUUACACCAAAGUUAAAAAAAAAAAACUUUACGACUUUUUUCGGUUGUAUAGUAGCGCCAAGGAAAACAGUAGAGACUUUUAUGAAAGUGAGCAUCUCUCUCUUUCCACGUCACCUAUCAACUUUUUUGUCGUUUUAUGAAGUCCUUUUCUGUAGCAACGAUGGCUCCGUCCCAUUAUGUAAGGCAGCAAAACAUGGCAAAUGUC